AUGGUCUCUUCACCUCAAAACGUCAAGGGGACAGAGAAACAUUCCUUCCUCGGUCAUGACUGUGAGUGGGUUCCAAGAUCCGGUCCUUCUCUGGCUGUUUUAGCACGGCAAUGCGUCUGCCAAGCCACGGCACCGGAUGCCUUCCGUGUUGCUGACUACGUCGACCAGAACCCAUCCUUUGUGCUGCGAGCUGUCAAAGAUGUCGCAUUCGAAGAUAGAGAGAUCCCCAAACUCCGUGAUGAACACGAAGUAAGGGUUCAGAUUGCGCAGACUGGAAUUUGUGGAAGUGAUGUACACUACUGGCAGCGUGGUCGUAUCGGAGACUUUACACUUCGAAGCCCUAUCGUGCUUGGUCAUGAGUCUUCCGGCACUGUUGUUGAGGUUGGCGGAGCAGUCAAAAACCUGAAGCAGGGUGACCGGGUCGCCAUCGAGCCCGGAGUUCCAUGCCGACGGUGCUCCUAUUGUCGUGGUGGUGAGUACAACUUGUGUAACGACACUAUUUUUGCAGCUACGCCGCCAUGGGAUGGCACACUUGCCAAGUUUUAUACCGUUGCAAGCGACUAUUGUUACAAGAUUCCAGACUCUAUGAGUAUGGAAGAAGCUGCUAUGGUCGAGCCAACAGCCGUUGCUGUACAGAUAGCAAAGGUUGCUGAUUUGAGAGCCAACCAGACAGUGCUCGUGUUUGGAUGUGGACCAAUCGGUGUUCUUUGUCAAGCAGUAGCGAAGGCAUACGGUGCCCGGAAAGUAAUCGGAGUCGAUAUCGUGAAGUCACGACUUGACUUUGCGAAGUCAUACGGUGCUGACGCUGUAUUCCUACCACCGAAGCCUGACCAAGGAGUCGAUCCCAUGGAACACUCUGAGAAGGUUGCGGCCAUGAUCAAGAAAGAGUUUGAUCUCGGCGAGGGUGCAGAAGUGGUUUUGGAGUGUACUGGAGCCGAACAAUCGAUUCAGACUGGCAUUUUUGCUGCAAAGAAAGGUGGCACCUACGUACAAGCAGGUAUGGGCAAGGAAAACGUGCUGUUUCCCAUAACGACGGCUUGUAUCAGAGCCUUGAACAUCCGUGGCUCCAUCAGAUAUACUAAAGCUUGCUAUCCGGAUGCAGUUGAGCUGGUGGCUUCAGGGAAGAUCGACGUCAAGCGAUUGAUCACCAACAGGUUCAAGUUUGAGGAGGCAGAGAAAGCCUUUGAACUCGUCAAAGCCGGCAGGGAGGACGUCUUCAAGGUGAUCAUCGAAGGCGUCCAGGACUAA